GACCCCUGCUCACCCAUUGGUCAUUGCCGCUUUAAGCGACAAGGGACAAUUCAUUGUCUUUCACUUCCUUCUCCUGCUCUAUCCUCAUGCACUUGUCCAAUCUCUGAUAUAAAUCAAACCUGUCCAGAGACGAAGUGAUGUGGGCAGGCUCGAUGGUCAUUCUGCGCUAGUAAAAGCCUUCGGACUCGAUGGCGUCAAGCCAGAAAGCCGCCCGCGUGGGCGAAGAGAUCUGGAAGACUCGCGUCGAUAAAGUCAAUGCCGAACUCGUGACUCUCACCUACGGAACCGUUGUUGCACAGCUGUGCACCGACUACGAAUUCGAUUAUACCCAAGUCAACCAACAACUUGACAAGAUGGGCUACAAUAUCGGAAUGCGUCUCAUCGAGGACUUCCUAGCAAAGUCCAAUACGGGCCGUUGCGGAAACUUCAGGGAUACAGCAGAGAUGAUUGCUAAAGUCGGCUUCAAAAUAUUCCUCAACAUUACUCCGACAGUGACAAACUGGACUGCGGACAACAAACAAUUUUCGCUUCUGUUCGACGAGAAUCCGUUGGCCGAUUUCGUUGAGCUCCCGGAUGAUGGAAGGGCCCAGGACGAACUCUGGUUCUCCAACAUCCUCUGUGGUGUGCUACGUGGAGCGUUGGAAAUGGUCCAAAUGUCCAUUGAGGCGCACUUUGUGAGCGAUGUCCUACGCGGAAACGAUGUCACGGAGAUGCGGGUUACUCUGAUCCGCUAUAUCGAGGACGAGAUGCCGCCGGACGACGAAUAGUCCCAAUGGCCAUUGUGUGUUUAUCGGGACGAGUCAGCGGCGAACAUGGGCGCUUUCUGCUACUCUUCGAUGGCGACACCCAUCGUCGUCGAAGCUGGCCCAUCAAAGAUCAUGGGAAGCC